GCGCCCGCGAGCGCCAUCUUGGAUUCUGUAACCCGGCCGAGGCUCGGGGCUCGCUGCUGUCGGCCGCUGCCCGCCGAGGAGGUACCGGGGCGAAGGACGCAGAGCGCGCGGGACAGAGAAGGGACCGGAGCCGCCAAGGUGGAGCCGCGUCGGCGCCCGCCGCGGGACCAGCGUCUCGGAUGCGGGCGGAGCGCGGGGGGCCGCGACGGCGGGAGCGCGGAGACGGGGCCCCGGGAGGCCUCAUGUGAGAGCCGCGGGAGCCGCCGCCGCCGCCGCCCGCGCAGCCCGGGGUGCUGUGUGGGGGAAGCCGCCCCCGGCAGCAGGAUGAAACGAGGAGGAAGAGAUAGUGACCAGGACUCGGCUGAGGAAGGCACUGCUGAGAAGCCCAAGAGACCGAGGACGACUCACGAGCGCUCGCAGCCUUGUGACUGGGGUAACCUCCUGCAGGACAUCGUCCUCCAUGUUUUUAAGUAUUUGCCUCUUCUUGACCGGGCCCAUGCUUCCCAAGUGUGCCGGAAUUGGAACCAGGUAUUUCACAUGCCUGACUUGUGGCGAUGUUUUGAAUUUGAACUGAAUCAGCCAGCGACAUCUUACUUGAAAGCCACACACCCAGAGCUGAUCAAACAGAUUAUCAAAAGGCACUCAAACCACCUACAGUAUGUCAGCUUCAAGGUGGACAGCAGCAAAGAGUCAGCCGAAGCAGCUUGUGAUAUAUUGUCACAGCUUGUGAAUUGCUCUUUAAAAACACUCGGACUUAUCUCAACCGCUCGGCCGAGCUUUAUGGAUCUACCAAAGUCUCAUUUUAUCUCUGCACUGACAGUUGUGUUUGUAAACUCCAAGUCCCUGUCCUCACUUAAGAUAGACGACACCCCAGUGGAUGACCCAUCCCUUAAAGUCCUCGUGGCCAACAACAGCGACACGCUCAAGCUGCUGAAAAUGAGCAGCUGUCCUCAUGUCUCUCCAGCAGGGAUUCUGUGUGUGGCCGAUCAGUGUCAUGGCUUACGAGAACUGGCCCUGAACUACCAUUUGCUAAGUGAUGAGUUGUUGCUCGCACUGUCUUCUGAAAAGCAUGUUCGCUUAGAACAUUUGCGCAUUGAUGUUGUCAGCGAGAACCCUGGACAGACACACUUCCACACUAUUCAGAAGAGCAGCUGGGAUGCCUUCAUCAAACACUCACCGAAAGUCAACCUAGUGAUGUAUUUUUUUUUAUACGAAGAGGAAUUUGACCCAUUCUUUCGUUAUGAAAUACCUGCUACUCAUCUUUACUUUGGGAGAUCAGUCAGCAAAGAUGUGCUUGGCCGUGUGGGCAUGACCUGCCCGAGACUAGUGGAACUGGUAGUGUGUGCCAAUGGGUUGCGGCCCCUUGAUGAAGAGUUAAUUCGCAUUGCAGAACGUUGCAAGAAUCUGUCAGCUAUUGGGCUGGGGGAAUGUGAAGUCUCAUGUAGUGCCUUUGUUGAGUUUGUGAAGAUGUGUGGUGGCCGCCUGUCUCAGUUAUCCAUUAUGGAAGAAGUGUUAAUUCCUGACCAAAAGUAUAGUUUGGAACAAAUUCAUUGGGAAGUGUCUAAGCAUCUUGGCAGGGUAUGGUUCCCCGACAUGAUGCCUACUUGGUAAGGGACUGCGUGACACAGGGCAUGAUGAGUGAGUCGCCCCUUCAUUUAAGAAACGUAUUCUAACUAAAAGUUUAUCUGCUCUAGAGCUGAUACAGUUCCACUGUUUUGUGGCACAGAAAUUUGGUAUCUUUGGUGAGCUUAUGAAUGAUGUUUGUCAGAAGACCUAUAGUUUGGUUCAGAUAACUCCUUUUUUUGUAGCCUAAUAGCAAUCAUAUGUUUAAAAAUUAAAAAUGUGGUUUCAUAUUUGAAAGUAAUAUCCAAUUUUGAAAUUGAGAUAAUUCAUAGUCUGAAGGAAGCAUCCUGUAUAUUGUAAUAUCUCAGAAAUGUACUAAUAGGUUUUCUGAAAUGUUCUCUAUGCAUUUUUUAAAAAAAUGUAAACUUGACAUUUUAGGGUCUUCAGUUAUAAAUACACCUGUUAUAGGGUGUUUAAUAUAGCUCAGGAAAGUGAGCAUUUUGUGAGAGAAGUGUAUGACAGUGCUCAUAAGAUGUUGGUUGAAUGUUUCCAAACGUUACGAAGCUGUUUUAAAAAAUAAAAAUAUAAAUAUUAAGUACUUAGAACACUGAUGAAUGUCGCAGUGAUUGUUAAGGAGGGCACACAGAGCCAGGAUCAAAUCUAGAGAGAUUAUGGAUUAGGAGAGGUAGCACUUAGCCUUGUAUAAACUUUAGGUUUCUUGUGUAAUAUGCUAAACCACAUGCAUUCUCGUUUGUUAUAUUACUAAUGUCCAUGGUGCCUGAGGCAUCGUGUGUAAAGGAAUGCUUUACUCUCUCUCUCUUUAAGUCUUUAUUUAAACUAGUAUUAAUUAUUUAAAUUAAAAUUUUACUUAAAAACCAAAUUGAGAAUAAUUAAAAGUAGAACUUUAUAAAUUGUUUAUGAACAGUUUCAUGAAAGGAUAUUAGUCUCCAGUGAACUUUAGUAGUGAUGGCUCAUGCUUUAAGUUUGGAAUUACAUAGCUAUAAUAAAUACAACUUUAAAAAAUCAAAGAGUAUCUGUACAGUUCAGAAACACUAAAUUUAAAAGAAGAUAUAUUUCAUAAUAAUUUGAGUAAAUAUUACUCAGUGAACUGGAACAUUUUAAUAGGAAAAUAUAGUUUUGUGAUUGUCAGUUUGGUUGAAACUGGUAUUUUAUAUUAAGUUAUGUAGCUUUUCAUAUUACUUUCAUAUGAAUAAAGGUAAAUUCUAGACUUUGUAGAAUAUAAAAAUACUAAGUUUUGGUUAUAUGUAGUUUUGGGUUUUUUGGUUUUCUUUUUUUUUUUAGAUCCUGUAUGAGCUUGGAUUCUGGGCACUAGUGCUAACAGAUGUGUCUCCUGAGAGAAGUUAGAAGUGACUUACCCCACAGGAUGCUUCAGAGCCUGAAAUGGCUCUUAAGUAGUGGUGGGACUUUUACAAAGCACCCUGAUAAUUAUGAAAGCUAACAGUCUUAAAAAUAGAUAAACUUACUCACUGAGAAUAAAAUACGAUGUGGCUUUCUACACAAUGUAUGCCUUUCAAGAGUGACAGUGUUCUUUCUGGCACAUACGGAUGAGAAGGAAAAGACCGACCCAGAGUUCCACACUAACGGCAACUAUUAGAAUAGUUCACUCUUAUACAGUAAGAAGCUUUGACUGUACAGGAAAUACUUGUGCUGUCGUGUUUUUUUUUUUUUAAUUAUUAUUUUUGAACAACAUUGAAAAAUGGAUUUGAUGGUAUAUAGUCAGUUUUACUAACCAAAGCUUUAUUUGAAAACUUACUUUUUGUACAAAUUCAAUUAUACGCUUGAAUACUUUAAGUCACUUUAUAAGCAAAAUGCAUAGCACUUAAUUUGUUUAUACUGUAAAAUAUAUGUUAAAUGGUUUUAUCAAUUUGAGAAUAAAGAUAGUUACUAA